AAGGCCGAGGAUUUGGCGCUAAGCAUGCCCUUCCAAUUGGACAAUGUGGCUCGAGCGAUCUUGCUAAGCUUUGGGUUUGAUGUCGGGCGCCUUGGCUGUGGAGAUGUCCGACUUCUCCCCGGCGGGGGCGCUCCCCGUGAGGCGGCCGCUCGGCAAGCGCAGGAAUGGCGAUGGCGAUGGCGAGGUCGACCCGCUGCUGCCUGUUCCCGAGUUGGCGCCGGCUCCGAAGCCGUGGAAGGGUGCGCCCAUCGUCGCUGCCCUGAUCUGCGUUGCCUUCUUGAUGCUCCAGAUGCUUCCUGCGACGCAUUAUCGCCAUCCAGCCGAUCCCACUCGCACUUGGAUUCCUAUACGGCAAGAACAAGACCAGGGAGAAAGUGGGAAAGAAGUGGAAGAAGUGGAUGCGAGGGAGUUCGUCACUGGCAUCAAGAGCACUUCCAUUGACUUGUUUGUUUGCACCGACGAGAAAGAUUUGCGCCCUCUAGUCGUGGUCAUCAACUCUACACUCGCCAACACCCGUCACACGCAACGUAUUCGAUUCCAUAUCAUCACCACUGAAUCACAGCGAGAAGCGUGGUUGUCCAAACUCAAAGCUCUCUUUCCUCUUGCGGCCAUCGAUAUGGUCAGCGAAAAGAUCGAUUUCGAGGAAAUCAGUAACCAUGUCUUUUACCGAAAGGACAGCAAGGCAAGAGAAGCUCUUACAAGUCCAUACAACUUUCUUCCCUUUUACCUUCCUCGCAUGUUUCCAGGCAUGCAAAGGAUCAUCUAUCUCGACUCGGACGUCGUGGUUCAGGGAGACAUUGAAGAACUCUUCAACACUGACCUCGAAGAUCACCCCGUGGCUGCCGUUGAAGAUUGCUCCCAGAUCUUCGGCAGCUAUUUCAACUUUGAUCUCCUUCACCGCAUCCAGUCGCGAGAAGCGUCCGAGUCCACGCCUUGGAUUCCGAGACAGCCAUUCGAUCCCACCGCCUGCAUCUUCAACCGCGGGGUCCUGGUAAUCGAUCCUCGCAAGUGGAUCGAGCAUAACAGCACCGAAGCCAUCGAGUGGUGGCUGGACGAGUUCCACCAAGCACAAAAGCCUCUAUACAAAUAUGGCGUUUCGCAGCCUCCAUUCUUGCUAGCUCUCUACAACCACUACAAGAAGCUAGACACGGCAUGGAACACACGCGGGCUGGGGCGAGCCGAGUUUAGCGAGGCGGAGCGAGACUACAUGAAGAAGCUCUACUCAAAGAGGCCGCCAAGGAGGCCAUUCGUGUCGCCCAACACGGAGCACUCCAAGAUCCUCCACUUCAACGGCCGAUUCAAGCCCUGGAAUCGAGACUCAUCGGUGGAGCAGCCACCCUCGCUCUGCGGCUCCAGAUCCGAGGACUGUGCGCGCCUCUGGUGGGCUUACAUAUCUCCAAACGUGAGCGACAGUUUGAAACAGUGAAAAGUGAAGAUUUAAUCAACAUCAUAUACUUUUUUGGCUA